AUGAAUGGCCUUCACGGAAUGCCGGGAUGGAAGUGGCUCUUCAUCAUUUCCGGAAUUAUCACUCUGCCUGUUGCCAUCUACGGCUAUUGCUUCUUCCCAGACACGCCGAGUACCACGACAGCGUUUUACCUUAGCGAAGAAGAGAUCAAGCUUGCCCAAGAACGAGUUCCGAUUCGUGAGGAGGGAGAAAAGAUUCUUACCUGGUCCUUUAUCUCCCGAAUCCUGCACUCGUGGUAUUUCUACGGUUUCUGCUUCUUAUGGAUCCUCGGCAACACCUCCGAGUCCCAGUCGAACCAGUCCCUCCUCAACCUCUACAUGCAAUCUCACCCCACGGAGCAUUACACUGUAUUUCAACGCAACAAUUAUCCAACCGGCGUACAAGCAGUCGGUGUUGUCAGUACUCUGCUGUGGGCGACUAGUACCGACAUUUGGGGCCGGAGGUGGCUGUCCGGUUACUACGUCGCUUUCACGGCCAUAGCGAACGCUGCUAUCAUCCUGGCGCCCACGUCGACUGCAGCCAAGUUUGGGGCCUACUACUGGGCAGGGUCUAUUUACUGCAUUCAAGCGACGUUCUUCGCGUGGGCGAAUGACUCCAUGCGGAACGAGUCCCCUGCUCUUAGGGCUUGCGUGAUUGCCUGCAUGAAUGCGGCGGGUAACUGUUUUCAGGCAUGGUGGCCGCUCAUCUUCUUCCGAGCAGAUGAUGCGCCCCAAUUCAGAAAAGGAAUGAUUGCGAUGAUUGCAGUUGGCAUUGCAAUGAUGAUUUGGGUCACCGUCCUCAUUUUCAUGGAUAGGCGGCUUUCCAAGAAGCAGAUUCAGGUUAUUGAGGCUGUUGACGCCGACAGCCAUGCAGAGGCAGGGCUUAGCGCGGUCAAGAAUAUUGACAGCAGAGAUAAGGGCUCGACAGACAAGUAA